AUGGGGUCCUUUUUUAUUGUUUUGCCUUGUUUUGCCCUUCACUUGUUCUUUGUGCUGCUGCUUACUCACUUUACUUCACACACUUUGUCAUUCUGCAACCAACAUGACAGCUCUGCUUUGUUACAUUUCAAAAACUCAUUUUCUGUCAACACUUCAUCUCAACUUGAUAUUUGUUCCUCUACUUCUUUCAAGACAAAAUCUUGGAAAAACGGUACGGAUUGUUGCAAGUGGGAUGGUGUCACGUGUGACACUGAAUCAGAUUACGUGGUUGGUUUGGACCUCAGUUGCAACAAUUUGAAAGGUGAAUUACAUCCCAAUAGCACUAUCCUCCAGUUAAGACACCUUCAACAACUCAACUUGGCUUUUAAUAAUUUUUCUGGGUCUUCAAUGCCUAUUGGUAUUAGCGAUUUAGUGAAUAUCACACAUCUAAAUCUAUCAUACUGUGACCUCAAUGGUGACAUUCACUCCACAAUCUCUCAUUUGUCAAAAUUAGUAUCUCUUGAUCUUAGCGGUUACUCGUACGAAAAAGUGGGAUUGAAACUCAAUUCGUUCACUUGGAAGAAACUCAUUCAUAAUGCUACUAAAUUAAGGGAUCUUUAUCUAAAUGGAGUGAACAUGUCUUCAAUUGGAGAGAGCUCUUUGUCAAUGCUAAACAAUUUGUCAUCCUCUUUGGUUUCUCUUCAUCUAGCAAACACUGGUUUGCAAGGAAAUUUGUUAAGUGACAUACUCUCUUUGUCAAAUCUUCAAAGACUAGAUUUGUCACAUAAUCAAGACCUUAGUGGUCAACUUCCAAAAUCCAACUGGAGCACUCCUCUAAGGUACUUGUACCUCUCUCAUACUGCUUUCUCAGGAGAAAUCUCCUAUUCCAUAGGUCAAUUAAAGUCUCUUACUCAUUUAGUCCUUUCAUUUUGCAAUUUUGAUGGGAUGGUUCCUCUAUCUUUGUGGAACCUCACUCAACUAACAUAUUUGGAUCUUUCAAAUAAUAAACUUAACGGGUUCAUUGGUGAGUUCUCAACAUAUUCUUUGAAGUCUUUGUAUCUCUCUAAUAACAACCUACAAGGCCAUUUUCCAAAUUCAAUAUUUGAACUCCAAAAUCUUACCGCCCUAGAUUUAUCAUCAACAAACUUGAGUGGUGUUGUGGAUUUUCACCAAUUUUCAAAAUUAAACAAACUAGGGUAUCUCGAUCUUUCACACAAUACUUUUCUUUCUAUCAACACUGAUAGCAUUGCUGACUCCAUCUUACCCAACCUUUUUUCAUUAGAUUUAUCUUAUGCUAAUAUUAAUAGUUUUCCUAAAUUCCAAACACGAAAUCUUCAAAGAUUAGAUCUCUCCAAUAACAACAUUCAUGGAAAAAUUCCCAAAUGGUUUCAUAAGAAGCUCUUAAACACAUGGAAUGACAUUUGGUACAUUGAUCUUAGUUUCAACAAAUUGCAAGGAGACAUUCCAAUUCCAUCUUAUGGCCUUCAAUACUUUUCGCUCUCAAACAACAACUUCACAGGAGACAUUUCUUCAACAUUCUGCAAUGCAAGUACCCUUAAUUUGCUUAAUUUGGCUCACAACAAUUUGACAGGUAUGAUUCCACAAUGCCUAGGAACAUUAACUUCUCUUAAUGUAUUGGAUAUGCAAAUGAACAACCUCUAUGGAAGCAUUCCUAAAACCUUUUCCAAAGGAAAUGCAUUUCAGACUAUAAAGUUGAAUGGAAACCAAUUGGAAGGACCAUUACCACAGUCUUUGUCUCACUGUUCAUAUCUUGAAGUUUUGGACCUUGGUGACAACAACAUAGAGGAUACAUUUCCCAGUUGGCUUGAAACUCUACAAGAGUUACAGGUACUCGUUUUACGAUCUAAUAAUCUUCAUGGAGUAAUCACUUGUUCUAGCACCAAGCAUCCAUUUCCUAAGUUGAGAAUUUUUGAUGUCUCUAACAACAAUUUUAGUGGCACCUUGCCAACAUCAUGCAUCCAGAACUUUCAAGGAAUGAUGAAUGUGGAUGAUAGCCAGAUUGGUUUGCAAUACAUGGGCACGGACAAUUACUACAACGAUUCUGUGGUGGUCAUAGUGAAAGGUUUUUCUAUGGAGCUAACAAGGAUAUUGACUACUUUCACAACUAUUGAUUUAUCAAAUAACAUGUUUGAAGGUGAAAUUCCACAAGUCAUUGGAGAGUUAUAUUCUCUCAUUGGACUUAACCUUUCAAAAAAUGGAAUCACGGGUAGCAUUCCACAAUCUUUGAGUCAUUUGAGAAAUUUGGAGUGGUUGGACCUCUCAUGCAACCAAUUGACGGGAGAGAUUCUUGAGGCUUUGGCAAAUUUGAAUUUCCUUUCUUUCUUAAACCUUUCACAAAACCACUUUAAAGGAAUCAUACCUACAGGUCAACAAUUUAAUACAUUUGGAAAUGAUUCCUAUCAAGGGAAUACAAUGUUGUGUGGAUUGCCAUUCUCUAAUUCAUGCAAAAAUGAGGAAGAUCUGCCACAACAUUCAACAUCUGAAGAUGAAGAAGAAUCAGGAUUUGGCUGGAAAGCGGUAACAAUCGGAUAUGCAUGUGGUGCAAUAUUCGGGUUGCUCUUGGGAUAUAAUGUAUUCUUCUUCACUGGAAAACCCCAAUGCCUUGCAAGACAUGUUGAACGUAUGUUUAACAUAAGAUUGAAAAGAACAAUCAACAGAGCAACCGCAAAUCGCCGAAGAAUGAAUUAA